AUGCCACCGCCAAUACCUAGCCUGCAAGUACCAACUUCCGUAUUUCCUGCUAAUGGUCCUUCGAUACCUCCAAAUCCGACAAUGCCACCAAUGCAACCUUAUGGGACCACAACAGGAUAUGAAAACGGUGGCCAAGCGGAGGUAUUACUGGAGUUGAUACAACUAAGGUCAAAAAUCAGCGAGAUAGAGGCAACACUUGGGUCAGGCCAGCGAUCUUCCGAAUUUUCGCCAACAUCACAGCGCAGUCAUGGCCAGGGAAGCUCUCCUAACCAAACUAACCAGCAAAUCAACCACUAUGCUACACCUGUUGUUAAUGGUGGGGAGAGCCAUCCUUACCAAGAUAUGCAACUGCUACAAGCUCCGAUGGCGCCUCCAUUCAAUGGCAAGUCUGUGAAUGCACCAACGAGUUUUCCACCAAGCUUCAACGUUCAGUCCAAUGUAAAGCAUCUUCCACCACCACCUCCGUUGCACCCAGGGGCGACACCACCGGACCAUAUCGCAUUGAAGACAUCCCAACCAGGUGGACCAUGGGAUGCACAUAACUCCUCAAACCAGUAUAUCGAGCAUUCAUUCCCUCCUGGGGCAAUGAUGGAUCUUCCCCAUUAUCAUCCUGAUGCCAACCCUGAAUUCAUAGGAGUAAAUCCUUGCUCCCCAUUGGAUGUGCUCAACAUCCACCAAGGAGUCGAUCCCAUUUGGCGUAUGGGAUCCCGCAUAAUUAAUUAUCAGAUUUACACCUGGGUUGGAAUGGUUCGAUCAGACUCCUGCUUAAACAUGGUCACUCUGUAUAUUAAAGAUUGUGUUGAUGCCAGCAAAAACCCCAUUCAGGGCAUCCCCAUGCGAUCAGAACAAGAAAUCCAGGCAUUUACAGAACUUUACACCAAUAAGGUUGAGCGUCCAGAUAAUGAACUCAGGGAGUUGAAGCGACAAGUAAAUAAGCACACUCUUCUGCUUGGACUCACAGUGUAUGAAGGCGUGAUUGACCCAAAGUUGCAACUUGCCGAAAAAAUCAGCAUGCUUUUACCGAAUCGAAAGGCUAUAUGGAUGUAUAUUCGUCGGUUUUUUGAUAGGGUUUACCCUUACAUGCCUUUCAUCGAUGAAUGGCAACUCUAUGAGGAUGUUGAGCGUAUCAUAGGACCGCAAAGUAUGGAUAGCGAUGCGCCUGUGUCCGUAGCUGUGAAGCAAUGGUCAGAUUUUGCGUCCAUUGGAAUCUUCCUCAUUUUACUUCGUGCAACGUAUAUUCUGUUGUUUUCCAAUCAGAUCAAAGAAAAUGAAACAAUGCUUAAUCAAUUGAAUGACCCGGUGAUGGAACUGCUUACAGAAGACACAGAUGUGUCUUAUUUGAUGAACAAUCCUGUGCCUAUUGAGGUAUCUGACAUGGCUCAAUUGUGCUUCGAACAAUUCGAUAGAAUUAAUGUUGAUUGUGUGGAAGUAGUCCAACUAGGAAUUCUUAUUCGAUUUCUUCAGUUGUACAGUCCCGAUUUAUUGAUGGAAAAUGGCAAUAGCCAGAUGGUUAUGGACGCUACUUUAAUUCGAAUGGCAAUUCUGGUUGGCUUGAAUCGAGAGCCCACAAAUAGUACAGAAACACGAAGUGACUUGAGAAAAGCUCAUUUGGCGAGGAAACUAUGGUUUGUGCUUAUUGGUAUGGAUAUGGAGUUAUCGAUUCAGCUUGGGGUGCCUCGCAAUGUGUUCGUUGAUCAAUACGAUGUUAGAAUGCCUUUCUACACUGCGGGAGCUGGCAAUAGUCGCCUCGAGUGGCUUGAGAAGGAUAUCGCCAAUCCAUAUAAUCAGCUUCAGAAAAUCUAUCAAGAUUUUGUGAGGUUUCACGAGGAAGUUACGAAUAUGCGAUAA